GUAACCAUUUUAUUCCAACAUAUAGCAUCCCCACUCUGAUAAGAUCAGAUAAUGGGACACACUUUGUCAAUGAGGUAAUCAGCAAAGUCUCUGAAGCACUAGGAUUCAGCAUCAAAUAUCACUGUGCUUAUCAUCCUCAAAGUGCCGGCCUAGUAGAAAGGACAAACGGCACAAUAAAACAGAGGCUUAGAAAAUGCAUGGAAGAAACAGGAAGACCGUGGCCAGAGUGUAUAGGCCUAGUAAAAAUGUGGAUGAGAUUAACCCAAUGUUCGCAGAAACUGACACCAUUUGAAAUCGUACACAGUAGACCUUUUCCUCUGCCCAUCACCAGUGAACCAAUAGACAAAUCAGUUAGAGAAACAACCCUAGCAGAAUGGAUGACAAAACUGCUAGAGAACAAAGAAAUAGUUCUGAGCAACCAACUGCCGAAUGAUUCUUCUCCAGUCUCUUCCAGGUUGAAACCAGGCGACUGGAUCCUGAUCAAGGUACUCCAGAGGAAAAACUGGAGCUCUCCGAGGUGGGAGGGCCCUUAUCAGGUCCUGCUCACAACACCGACAGCGUGCAAAAUCGCUGAAAGACCUUCGUGGAUCCACCAGAGCCACGCCAAAAAAGUACAAGGGGACACAAGCCCAGACGCCAGUCCACCUAUCAUCUAGUGAUCUGUAAGUGGAGGAGAGGGCAGAUUGGGUAUACCCCGCCCUCUUGACUUCUCGCUUUCAGUCGACACACUAGGUGAUCUGGUGAACUUGGUCGACCUGAAGAAACCCCAUUGUAGCCCGAGCCCCGACCUAGCCCCACCUGCCCGGUAGAGUAAAGGAAGAUCAGUCCAACCUGCAAAACCAGAAGAGCAACCCAUCACUCAAAUGGAGAGGACCCAGUCCCCAACAGGACUCGACGACGAUGCUGGUCAGAGGAAUGCCAACUAAUGCAUAAUUAUGUACCCCAUAACAAAAUUGAAAUGGCAUUCUUUGUAAACCUACUACAAACUCUAGAAACAGUAAUAAAUACAAGUCUGCGUGCAUGUGCUCCAAAGGAACCAAUAAAGAGCUUAAUAACACUUCCGGUCACACCGCCCGAACUAGCCCAUAACAUGACCAUGGUCUGCCUAUGGAGACUUAGAGUCCCAGAAAAGCAGGGUGUAUCUUUUGUUUAUCCAAAUAAGACACGUCAUUUCAAUACUGACACAACACAUUGUAGUGAAAUAUGGUCCGUGGUUGGGUAUGGUAAUGAAUACUCAAACUGGCGUAACUGUAAAAAUGAAACCGUAUGUUCAAUAUUAGGUCCAAAGAUAUACAAGGGGUCUUCUAUUUACCUGCGCGCGCCGAACAACACGCGCAACGACAGCCGUUGGGGCAGAGCUAUAAAAAGUAUACUAGUGCCAAAACUGAUGAGACCAAUUCCUGGCCUAUUGUGGCUGUGCAAUGGCACCCUUAAGCAAAGGCUGCCUGCUAACUGGACAGGAAUCUGUGGCAUAGUAACCUUAGCCCAGGAAAUAUUAAUCCAAAUCCCAAAAACACAUACCCACGCUUCCCCGCGCUCAUGCCGGAGCCUAGUGGAAGACUCAGGCAAUAAGGCAUGGAUCGACGCAAUAGGAGUGCCCAGAGGAAUACCAAGAGAAUAUAAGGCCCAAAGUGAAGUGGCCGCAGGGUUUGCCUCUCUACUUCCAAUUAUCCAAGUAAACAAAAACGUAGCUUGGAUAAAUUAUGUUUAUUACAACCAACAACGCCACCUCAACCUGACCAACCAAGCAUUGAAACUUCUAGGAGAACAACUGUCUGCCACCUCACUCAUGACUGUCCAAAAUAGAAUGGCACUGGACAUGCUUUUAGCUGAACGUGGGGGUGUCUGUGCUAUGUUUGGAGAUAUGUGUUGUACAUUCAUCCCCAACAAUACAGCCCCAGGAGGCUCCUUUGAACAAACUAUGAAAAUGUUACAAGAUUUACAAGUUGAACUGAAGGAAAACGCAGGAACAUGGUCAGGACUAGACGAGGCUUUCCAGAACAUGUUUGGGGAUGGGCAGACACAAUCAAAGUAUUAGCAGCCAUUUUAUGCAGUAUUCUAGUGAUGUUGGCCAUUAUUGUUUGUUGUAUUGUACCAUGUUUCAAAGCUUUGAUUAAGAAAGUUGCUAAAGACACUGCAACCGGAAUCUUCCUGGCACAAGCUUAUAGUCCCAUAGCAACUGAAGAAGAAGAAGACUGUGUGUAAGAAUUUCUUGUACUUAACAUGACGUAGCAAUUGAAAAUGUGCAAACAAGUGAUUGUCUACUGAAGCCUAUGAAGUAUGAGUGAAAUAUAUUAAAAACAGGAGGGAAUGUUAUGAGAUUCUAUGUUUUUUAUGUGUUUUAUUCUUUGUUUUAUUAUCUUUUAAUAUUCAACCAUAUUGUAAAGUGUUUAUAUAUUUCACAGAAUUUGCUGUACUUCCCCAUUUCACAAGAUUCGAUGUAUUGCUCCAUUGUCAUGCAACCCGACAGUGAACUCUGCAAUACAAAUAGUUUAAGCAGGAAACAGAUGCGGGUCACCCAGACCACAAUAGAAAACGGAUGAGGCACCUAAACCACAACAGGAAAACAGAUGCGCGACUCCCUAACCACAAAAGAUUAAGUCAGCGCCACGUCUUUUAGAAAGAAGCAGACACACACACACAUAUACAACUGUUGGUUUAAAGGAAUUUGUAAAAGAGGAAAUGUGACGUAUUUGCAUACACGAUGUAAACUAUAAAUAAAGAGCCAUCGCCUGCACUCGGGGUGAGUCUCGUCAGAGUUCUCACCCGUGCACGUUAAUGUUAUUACA